UCAAAGACCGAGCACGCUGUUUUUCACGUUUGAAGUUCCCAUGCUUUUAUUCACUAGAAAUAACACAAUAAAUUAGCCUCCAACCAUGUCUCUUACAUUGCGGCAGUUUUCCCCCGACGGCAAGUACUGUGCAUACAUCGGUCAGCAAGGUAAAUUCGUCGUGCACGAUGUGGAAGCCAGCGCCGUUCAUCAGGUUUACACGCCGAACUUGCACCUCAACGCACCGUGCACGAGCUUCGCAUGGAUCCAGACUGGCAACAACGAGAGAACCACUCCAAAAGGAAAGUCGAAGAAAUCACGACUAAGCUUGGCAGGACAGUUACUAGUGGCUUUUGGCACCAGCAAGGGUGGAGUUGCAUUCUACAGCCUGGCGACAGGCUCCAUAGAACACACCUGUAAAGGCGAUGGACAUACGGCUCCCAUCACGGCGAUAUACUUCAACGCGGAGCACGACUCGGAUCGCAUCUACACGGCCGGUGCCGACGGAAAGGUCAUCGAAUGGAGCGUCAGCAAGUGCGCCCAGCGCAAGGUGCACAAGAUUGGGGUGGAAAAGUUAACCUGCGUUAUGGCGCACGCUGGAUCUAUUCUAACCGGCGCGAAACAGCUAACACUAUGGGAUCGCGAAAGUGAUCAAACGGUGCGCACCCUCGUCGGACAUACUUCCAACACACAACUACUGCACCCUAUCAUUGUCGGUGUGGACGAAGACGCAGUAGUGUACGCAUUGUCCGGCUCGGCAAACGACCGCAACCUGUCCCUGUGGUCCAUUACCGGUGAGGAAAAGAAUCCGAUCGCUUACUUCGCGCUGGACGACGUUCCGGAGUAUUUAUCCCCAAAGCUCGUCGGUAACAAGCUUCACCUAGUGGCCGUAUCGCGGACGGGUGUGUCGCACUACUUCGUGCGAGAUAUGGGCAAACUGAGCACCAAGAAACCGUACAAAGCUUCGCACAUGUUUGAGGUGGCCAUCGAUUCAACGGGCCAGGAAACGAAAGUGGUCGACCGGUUGCCCGUAUUUGUUGCCACGGUGCAAUAUUCUCCACAGCAAGAGCAAAUUCUCCUCGGGUACGGCACGGAGGCACACUUACGCUUUGAGCAGGUAACGAUCGAGGACGACGUUAAGUGGAAUGUUAUUAUCCGAGAACCGGUCAAGUUGAUAACCGGUAAAGCAAAGGACGGGGACCUUAAAACGAAAACGCCUCUCGUCGAAGAUGCGGAGUACUUGAACCCGGUGAAUGCGAAUAAAAAGUCGGUCAAAAAGGUUGAAAUUCCAAUGGAAGUGCGACUGGAGAACCUUUCUCUGCUGCCGGACCGCAGCGGAACGAAAACGAAAUCGGGGCAAAAGAAUAUGAUUCAUCUGCUGGUACAGGGACUCCACAGCAAAGAUGCCGACCUGCUACGGCUAGUUUUCUCUAACAACGACCCAGAAGUAAUUCAGCAAACGAUCCAGCGCAUGCCGUCCCAAUAUGUGAGCGCUCUUUUGAACGAGCUUUCGCAUAUGAUGCAAAUGAAAACGAUGCACGUUCAAACGGCCGUCUGUUGGCUUAAACAUCUUAUCAGCAUCCACUCAAGCCAGAUGAUGGCACUGGGGUCAUCAAACCUGUUGGGUGAAUUCGCCACCUGCCUCGGAAUCAUCGAGUAUCGCGUGGAGCAUUUGAACUCCCUUUCCAGACUACGCGGUCGUUUGGGAUUACUUCUUGAACAAAUCGAUCGUAACAAGCAAACGGUAACACCGGAAGAUCAGGCCAACACCAACGUGCUUGUGUACCAGGAGGGUGACGAUUCCGAUGUGGAUUCGAUGCUGGGAAAGGAAGGUAUCGAACAGCCUGAGUCAUCUAACGAAGACAUGUACGAUGACGAGGAUGUCGACGAUGUCGAUGACGACGAUGACAAUGAAGAGUACGAUGAAGACAAAAUGUCAGCCAACAGGAACGGUACUACGCCUUUGUUACGCCAGAAUGGUCAUGGGGUUCACAAAAAAGAUGCGAGCGAUGACGAUGAAAGCGAAAUGGAAGUUUCUGAUUGAGUAUCAUCAGAUUCCAGUUUAUACAAUAAAUUAAGAAUUGUAGCUAUUCAACUUAAGGAUUUGGCUUUUCGUAAGAAGACGACAGAAAGCAAACGAAAUUACGUAAGGAAUACAUUUAUUAACGAAAAUCAUGCAUCAUGUUACAAAACGAUCAAGUUCAAUAUUUGGGAAUGAGUAUUUAUGAGGUCAUAUUUAAAUUAUAUUCAAGCUGACAAAAAAGAAGUUUUGUGUUUAACCCAACACGAUAAUAAUCCA